GAACGGUAGCACGCGGGGGUUGCUGCUAGGUGUCUGUUAAACAAGCUAACAAACGGUGUCUGUUGUUAGCUUAAAUCUAACGCUAGCUCCAGGAAAACAAAUAACGUUUACGUAAAUUAUCGCUAGCUCAUUCCAGCUAAGUUAGCGGUCGGGCUAGCUAGUUAACUAGCUUACGUUACUUCCGCUGUAAACAACGGUUACGACACUCGGAAAAACGGGAACGUGAGCUAGCGUGUAGCUAAUUUAACAUUAACGUCGGUUGCUUCACUUGAUUCGCUUUGGUGAAACGGUACUGUAGCGUUAAUUCAGACAAGUUAAGCAGUCCAAACUCGCUAACUCUGUGAAUGUCCUACAUAAUGACGUGCCCCCCUUUGUUGAUUUAAACAUUCGGUACGAAGCUGUGCUGAGUCAAACGCACCUGCAUGACCAGACCUGUGCUUUCUAGAGGAGUCGGAAAGCAUGAGAGAGAAGAGAGGUGAAAGUAUGGUGACAGACCUCUCUGGGUUGUGUAAUGGAAGGACUGGGAAAGGAGAGAUCCAUAUGCAGCUCUAGACCCUUCCCAUGGCUCAGUCACCCCAAACCGGAGGCCUCAACCCUGCUAUGGAAACUCAAAGACUGCUUCCCCACCAAUGAGACAACCUCGGCUCAUCACGCGGACAAAGAAAGCACGUACAUGGAUAGCAGAAAGGCCGUGCUGGAACUGAAAGAUGUCCCUCCUCCUCCACACCAUACGUCCUCUUCCCAAUCAUCCCAGCCCUUCUCUCUGGCCCCCCUCGCUAUGCCUCCUCCCUGCUUGCCUCCUCCUCCUCUGCUUACACAAGACUCGCACCAGCAACCGCCCCAGUCACAGCUGCAACAAGAGGGGGCUAGCCCUAAAGUAAGCAUUUACACGCACUGUGACUAUUGCAGCACAGAUGGCUAUGGGUUAUCAGGUGGUGGGAGUGUUGUUGGCACCAGCAGCAGCAUUGCUGGUGUUGUUUCGCUCUAUAUGGCUCCAGGCUCUCUAGGAGCACCCAUCAGCACCAGCAGUAUCGGCAGGUCAGGCCUUUGCUCUGUAGCGUCGUCUGUUCAUCACUAUAAACACAUUAGCUGCAGAAGCGGAGGUGAAGUUCUGGAUUCUUUGCCCACUCUUGGUUACAAACCUCCGCUGUCCUCUUCUGUCGCCACCUCUCAGCCUGUUUCAUCACAACCCUACCUCUCCUGCUGCUCAGGGCUUCUCCACACGUACCCAGCUGUACCUCUAACAUGCAGUCCACCCAGCCUGUUUCGCUCCUCGGCACCCCUGGCUUCCUCUCUCCCCUGUGUUUCUGCUCUACCCACUCCCUUGCAUGGCUCUUGCCUGGCCUCUUCUGGCUACUACCCCUGUGGUGUGGACUGCUGCCCAUCAGCCAGGAGAUCCCAGAGAACCACACUCGGUGAUCACCCGACCAUCACCACUACAACCACCUCGGCACACUUCUGCUCUAAUCCUAUGCACCUAAAUGUAGAACGCACAGUUUGUGUGAAGGGGGCACACUACUGCCAGGAGUGCCUGUUGAAGCCCAUAAAUGGUCUGGUGUCAGACUCUGAAAAGGUAUGGCCCAAUGCACCUCUUCCCCACACUGCUCCUAUCCCUAUUCCCAUUUGUAAUGGCUGUGGCACCUCGUCUGAUGCCAUGAUGCUCAUGCCAUCGGCCAAUCAUGGCAAGACUGGCCAGAAGUAUGGUUCUCCAGAGAACAGCGGCCCUGAAAACAUCCCUCCGGUGGGCGUCUUCUGGGACAUCGAGAACUGCAGCGUGCCGAGCGGACGCUCUGCCGGCGCUGUGGUCCAGCGUAUUCGCAGCCAUUUCUUUCAGGGCCACCGUGAGGCAGAAUUCAUCUGCGUCUGUGAUAUCAGCAAGGAGAGUAAAGCCGUCAUCCAAGAGCUUAACAACUGCCAGGUUACUGUUGCACAUAUCAACGCCACCGCCAAGAAUGCUGCAGAUGACAAGCUUCGCCAGAGCCUCCGACGCUUUGCUGAGACCCACACUGCACCCGCUACCGUUGUCCUCGUAUCCUCGGACGUGAACUUUGCCAGCGAGCUGAGUGACUUGCGUCACCGCCACGGCUUCCAGGUGAUCCUGGUCCAUGGCAGCCACACGUCUUCAGCCCUCCUGCAGCAUGCCCACCGCCACGUGGCCUUCCAGGAGAUCACAGCUGAUCUGCCACCGCGCAUGCUUGUCAAAGCACAGCCCAGUUUCAACCUCCUCUAUGUGCACAACCUCCCUGACAACUGUGACAAGAGCCUACGGAACGCUGUGAAGCUCAGGCUACGCCGCCUAUCAGACAACUGUGGUGGCAAGGUGCUGGGCGUGGCCCAGGGCACAGCGGUCCUCCGCUUUGGCAGCAUUGAGGCAGCUGCCCGUGCCCGCAAGCGAAUGGAAAAUGAGGAUGUAUUCGGCCGCCGAAUCAGCAUCUCCUUCUCCCCGCGGCCCAGAGACGAUGCAAGUCCUGAGCCCGAGUCUCGGCCCCAUCACUUGACUCUGCCCCAGACCUAUCAAAACCAGGAUUUAAUGUUCGACCCGCCCCCGUCCCCAUCCUCCUCCUCCUUUCUGCCCCUGGGGAUGCCGAGGUCACCCAGGAGGCCACGGCGAGCAACCCGCCCGUGCCAUGCCCCUGGCCCGGUGCCUGAAAGGCCCUACAGCCCCAGGAGGGGGUGCAGUGGGCCUCCCGGUGGUGCUCCAACCAAGCCCCAUCAGGAGUUGGGUAGUUUGGAGGGCAAGGCCAGAAUGAGCUUCAACCACCUGGAGAAAGGACGUGCUGCUUCCUCUUCCCCACACAGUAAUGGUGAGACGGGAGCCAUGGAGCAGCUGUCCAAGCCGGGCCUCUCUGGAGAAUCCAUGUACAGGAGGAGAAGAGAGGGCUCCUACCCUCGUAGUGUGACUGAAUCCCCUGCAGAACACGUGGACAGGAGCACAGGAGAGUUCCAGAUUAGCACACCCUCAGCCUUCAGCAAGUUGAACCUGCACAGGAGCUUCAGUCCCCUCGUCCUGUCUCAGGGUUCCUGGUCCUCCAGGAGUGCAUCGCCCUGCCUGUCCAGCCGGUCCUCACCCCUCCUGGCUGCCGCUCGCAGCCCGUGUCCCGAAGGCCCACCUGAACCGUUCUCAGACGGGGCAGAGGUCCAGGUGGCCAACCUGGACUACAGAAUGUCUCGCAAGGAUCUGCAGCAAACGUUGCAUGACACCUUCUCGCGUUACGGACGGGUGAAAGCUGUGGAGCUCAGCCCCCACACGGACUAUCAGCUGAAGGCCACAAUCCAGAUGUUGUCCCUGCAGCAGGCCAUAAGCGCCGUCAGUGGCCUGCACCGGUAUAAGAUCGGAGGAAAGCGCAUUCAGGUGUCUCUGAUCACUGGUGGGAGCAACAAAUCCCUUUCCAUGCUCGGCACAGAGAUCAUCAGCAUUCUACAAGAUGCACCUGCCAAUUGCCUUCCCCUCUUCAAGUUCACAGAGAUCUAUGAAAAAAAAUAUUCCCGUAAGCUUGUGGUUGGGGAUCUGUACAGACUACCUGAGGUGGUGGCAGUGCGGGAACAGGGCGGCUCGAGGCUUGUGUGUCUACUGCCCAGCAGCCAAAUCCGUCAGAGUCCACUGGGGUCGUCUCAGUCCCAGGAGGGCUCCUCCUCUGCUAGCGGCAGCCCUGUGGUGUUUGAGGAGCUGGAGUACCACGAACCGGUCUGCAGAGACCACUACACACAGCGCGACUUCAGUGAGGCUGACUUUGACCCCGACUCUUAUCAAAUACCUUUUGUUGUGAUGUCGCUGAGCACCGUAGCAUCUGAGGUGCACAGCCUUUUGCAGUCGCAUGAGGGAACUCUUCCAUUACUCAGUUUUCCAGACUGCUAUGCAGCAAAGUUCAGCCGUCUGCAGCUGGGUAAUGAGACGCUGGAGGGCGGCGUUCCUCUGGAGCACCUCAUUACCUGUGUUCCCAGCAUCACCAUCGUCACCGCUCAGAAUGGCUUCAAAGUCAUCAAGUGGAUCCACAACAAACCACCAGCACCAAACUCCGAACCAUGGAUUCAGCGCUGCAAGAGUCCGGUUGGCAACCCACAGCUCAUCCAAUUCAGCCGUGAGAUUAUCGACAUGCUGAAGAGUCAGCCUUCUUGCAUCAUGCCCAUGAGCAAGUUCAUACCCUCGUACCACCAUCACUUUGCCAAGCAGUGCCGUGUCUCUGACUAUGGCUACUCCAAGCUGCUGGAGCUACUGGAGGCGGUGCCACAUGUCCUGCAGAUAUUGGGAAUGGGUACCAAGCGUUUACUGACUCUGACUCAUCGCGCUCAAGUGAAGCGCUUCACCCAAGACCUUCUCAAGCUACUUAAAUUUCAAGCCAGCAAACAAGUGUCGAUCAAGGACUUCAUGCAGGCGUACCAUUGGUGCUUCUCUAGAGACUGGAGGAUAAUCGACUACGGCACAUGUGACCUGAUGGACCUGCUGACUGAGAUCCCAGACACCACCAUCACUGUUACACAUCAAGACAUGGAUACAGUGAUCUCUGUUCCCAAGAGAGAGCGUACGGUGGAGGAGAUGGAGCGCACCAAGCAGUUUGGGAAGGAGGUGGUGGACCUGCUUCGUCACCAGCCUCACUGCCGAAUGGCCUUCAGCAAGUUCAUCCCCACCUACCACCAUCACUUCGGCCGUCAGUGCAAACUCAGCUACUACGGCUUCACCAAGCUCAUGGAGCUCUUCGAGGCAAUCCCCAACAUAGUGAUGGUGUUGGAGUGUGGUGAAGAGAAAGUGCUGACUCUGACGGAAGUGGAGCGUAUCAAGGCUCUGGCGGCUCAGCUGGUCAAGCUGCUUCGGGCUCAGAAGAACUCCAGCCUUCCCGUCAGCCAGCUGCUCACCGAGUACAGCAAGACCUUCGGUUACGGCCUCCGCCUGCAGGACUACGACGCCAGCUCCCUUCCGGCUCUGCUCACCAAACUCUGCCACGUUGUCAAGGUAGCGGAUGGCUCGGGGGGUCGGGAAGUGCAGCUGAUCAACAGGAAGUCUUUGCGCUCGCUGACCUCCCAGCUGCUGGCUCUGCUCAUGUCCCAAGAGGAGGAGCGAGUCACCAGGGGCCUCGGAGUGGAGGAGCUGAGUCAGCGUUACCUGACCGUCCACGGAGCCCCGCUCAACCCGUGUGAAUAUGGGUUCCUCUCUCUCAGCGAGUUACUCAAGAGCCUGCCCUACCUCGUGGAGUUGUACGAUGAAGAAAAUGACGACAACAAAGCCGGCAGCACUGGCAGCAGCUACGGUGAGGAGUGGGUGAGGCUGACCAGACUUUACCAGUUCGCCCGUAACGUGCGCGGCCUGCUCCACACCUACCAUUACAACCAGAUCUUCCUGACGGAGUUCCAGGGGGCUUACAACAAAUUCACAGGCUGCAGCCUUGAGUCACGUUCCUACGGAUACACCGGCACCGACGAGCUGCUCGGCGCCAUUCCACAGGUGGUCUGGAUCAAAGGGCACGGUCACAAGAGGAUUAUCGUUUUGAAGAACGAUAUGAAAGCAAGGGCGAGCCCUUCAGUCCCUUGCAGCCCCCAGCCGGGAGACAACAUGGAGAGCCCACGAGACAGUCCCGUGAGCAACGCAACCUCUGGAACCCAGAGUCCAGGUGGCGACGUUGCAGCAGAAUCGGAGCUGCUUUGUCUGACGUCACCGGUAGAUCUACUGUGUGGUCCGGUACCGUCCUGCCUACCGUCACCUCAGCUCCACCCAGACCCUGUUCUCCUCCAGGAGAUGGACCUGAUUCACUUUGAGGAAAGAACUCCAACAGUGAGCGGUGACCCUGAUGUGGCAGCUGUUACUGACGGCACAUCUGAUCCGCCGGGCCUCACAGACGACUCCGCGGUCUCCAGACCUCGCUCACCGCCGCCCAACCCGACGUGCACCGUGUCCGUGGACAGUCCCAGCAGAAGAGCCACACGCAGCAGAAUUAAGCUAGCCGCCAACUUCUCAUUCACAGCCGGCCUCUGAUCCUCCUCACGCACGCGCACACACACACAGCAAUACUAGCUCACACGUAGUGUAACUCUAAAUACGAGAGUUGACCAGCUUCCAGUGAACACACAGAAGUGACCACAGAGGAGCGUCGGUGACGUCCUUCGACAGGCUGCUGCUUUCUUCUUAAUCGCUCAUCGGCCAUCUUUGUUCCCUUUUUUUUUGUUUGCUUCUUUCACAAUCCGUGAGUUCUUCCGAUGAUGUUCACCAAGCUGUGAUUUACUACUUGCAGGUUUUCUGCAAUUCUUUAUUUUGCCAAAUGCAUCGACUGUAGCCCGUUUGAUUUCACCUCGAGGGGAGUGGAAUUAUAUUGCCAUGAUGUGCGUCUUCACUUCAGAGCCGCGUUGUGUCCAAGAAGACUCGCUGGCGUACACUGAGUGAAGAGUCUAAACACGAGUUGGUUGCCACUGUACACAGAGCAUUAGUGCUGGGGAUGACUUUCUAUGUUAAAUCCAAGAGAUGUAGUUUCCCUCGUUCUCCGAUCAUUCAAUUGACGAAUACCAGAAGGUUGAUGGAGAUAUUUUGUACCACGUUGAGGACCCUCCCUGUGUACUACUUCCUUGCUGUAUCCCUUGGAGAUGUUGCAUUUCAUUUAUGACAUUAAUUUCUAAAUUCCUGUAAAAUUUUGGGAGAUUUUGCUUCGUAGGUAACGACAGACCUGUCGUCCAAAGCGGACGCUAAGUACCUGCCUCAGUCUUCUUAAGAGGUAGCUCUUCUUGGAUGCAUGUCAUCAUCUCCUGUCUGUUAAGUAACCACGACAGUAUUCUCAGUUCCUGUUCUGUUCUGCAGAGUAUUUAGUUGUCUGUGGAGGAGAUCGGCCUAAAUGUGUGGUGUAUUUGGGGGCAAUUCAAUGUAACUGGUGUUUGCUGUUCAGGCUGUGGCUUUUGUUAACGGAAGCUAACCGUUUGCGAACAGUUGAUGCAUCGGUGGCACGGUUUUGAUUGAUAUUGUGACGAGCACUGCGCUCAGGAAUUCUUUUAUUCUUGUUGUACUUUGACUUCAUUUACUGCAAAGAUUUCGGCUCGUCUCUCCGGGGCCACUAAAGAAGGCCCGAACGCCGGAACACUCCGGCCAGAUGUGCGCUCCGGCAGCAGGAACUCGGAUCGGCUUCAGCCAGCAGCCACCGUGUUUGUGUUCUUUUUAGCUGUGUUGUGCGUGUGUGGUGUGCGUGUGUGUGGUUUACACUAGAGUAGGUGGUGUGAAAUAUGCAUGGUGUGCAUAAAUGAGUCUAUGCAUGGUGUAAGCCCAGGAGGAGCAGACGGGAACGGAAGAUGUUAAGACAUUCUUUAAGAUCAGUCUUUUAUUUCCACCAUGUUUUAGGGGUUUUUGGAGUUGGCCUCACCUUUGCAGUAGCCACAUAAACGCUCAAGGUUUUUAGAGUUAACCUUGUUGCGGGUCGGCUCUGUGUCUGUGGUGAUGUCCGUGCCUGAGUUGGAAGAGGGGAGCAGUGAGCACUCCCGAGUUUUUUGAUUUUUAAAUGACGAGGUGAUUGGUUGUGUGAUUUUUAGGGGACAGGUGGGUCGGGAGGCGGUGGUCUGUUUGUGGAGCACCAUGGAGGCUCUCGGCAGCCUCCUGAACAGACUGACGUGUACAGAGAAGGCCCUCUGCGGCUCUCUGGAACCUGCCGGGCUUUUACAAUGGCUUGUAUUUGCCACGGUGCCAAAUGAAUCGCCAUCGUGUCUUCCCCCGUCGCCCACAUCUUACAUAGAGGAGUUUUUACUUGCUGAUGUGUGUCGUUGUCUCACGUUUCCUCCGUCUCAAGUGUUUACAAGACUGCUGGCUACUGAAUUGCAACCAAAUAAUGUCUGCUGCCAUGGAGUUGGCACGACCGAGGCGCCGCUGAAGUCUGCGGGUUGUUGUUUGUGUUCAGAGAGAAAAAGGCUCACGAAUGGGUAAGAGCCCAUUUAAUCAGUUCGUGUCCCGGUACAGUGUUUACCUCUUCAGCAGCGUUAAUAAGUUCCCUUCCAGACUUCAUUUUGACUUGGUAUGAAAAGCCUUUUAAAGCUGAGAGAUUCCACCUGACAACUUGCCAAAAUAACUGAAAUGCCAAUCAACAUGUUUUUAAUUGGGGCUGUUGGGGUUCAGGUCUCUCCUGCAGUGUUUUACUGUCUUUGAUUAAGGGAUGAAUAGUUAAGGAUUUAGACUUGAUAAUGAUAGAAAGGGGCUGUAAAUAAUUUGACUUUGGCAGUACGGAUGUGUUACUUUUUGUGAAAUUGAGCAAAAACCCCCCCCCCCCCCCCGAGCACUGCAGUGGCAACUAACUCGUGAAUAUAUUUAACUUCUCUGUUUAGCUCUCUCUCUCUGGUUAGAUAAAGCUAUUGCACCUAUCAAAAUAUGCACUUUUGCAUAGUUUUGUUUCAUGAAAUCCAAAUGUGAAGAUGAGGUAUUGGACUGUGGGGCUGAAAUGUGUUUUUGUGUCUUUACCUCCGUUUAACUGGAUCUGAUCCCGCUUCAACCGUUUUCACGUUUCACAACAAGAAAACAUUUCCUUUGUUCAGUCGUGUCCUUUAAACUCCUCCCGCCUCGUUUACUUUGUGUUUACGUCUCACUGUGUCCUCUCUACACCACCCCCCCCCCCCCGUCACAGUUUUACUGCCUCGCCACACUAAAUGUCACUGUAAUGUUGAAGGGACCAAAAAAUAUAUAUUUCUGUUAAUAAAUUUCACAAGCAUCAA